AUGGACGAGCUGACGCGAUUUGCCGAGCAGGUAGCCGCUACGGUACGGGAAGAAUGGCAAAGUAUACCUGAUCCCACCAGUGUAGAAUGGCAGACAGCAUUCGAUCGCACGGUGGACGAUUACCUAGCUGGACAACAAGCUUCUUGCAACUACGAGUUUAAAACAACAGAGACGACACCACCGCUACCAAAAGCGGGUGACAGCGCUAUUUCAUCGGAGGAUGGGAUGGAAUUAGCCAAUCGCAUUUACGCUAUGAUGGAGGGACUCUGGCUUGCGGGGCGACGGAAGAUCGACGCGCUAGAUCAGUGCGGUCAAAAUUCCCUUCUCAAUAUUAAUGAUGUAGUAUCAUACGCAAUGCGUUUACGCUCUACUACGUACUCGCCACCCGAAAAUUCAAACGUUCAUGACCCUACGCAGCACCUGGAAACAUUUCCUCACUACCACUUCCUAGGCGUACCCAACGUGAGUCAAAUGCACUCCUCCAGAUUAUUCGAUCUCAAUCGCCUAGAGCAACUAACAUCAGCGCCACGUGUAAUAUUCGAGCCGGUCUCCGAAGAGAUGCACCGAAUGCGUCUUGAGUGCUCCACGCCUCACGCCGUAGUCUACUAUCAAACAUCACGCGUUAACGCAAACCAAAUUGAUCCACAUACCGGAAAGCCAACAGUGUAUACUACGGCACCGGCAAUUUAUGACCCGGUCAAGAAUUUGAGUUUUAAGACGGCUUGUAACCCGUUCAUGGUAUUCACGUGGUCUACAUGCGAGGGCCUGAGGCCAUCGGAGGUAGUUAGAGUAGAAUAUCGGCCACCGUCAGGAUCCAGUGAUGCAGAUGCCGCAAGUUCGAAGCAGACAUUUGGGUUAUUCCUAGGACGCGAACAUAAAUCAUAG